AUGGGGGACUCGCUUGCAGACCCGCUCCUGAUUGUAAAGAGUCCGCCCAAAAUCCAAAGCGGCCCCUCUGUGAAAACCUGUUUUCUGGAAAGUAACUUUGAAAAUGAGUGGCGAGGGAAAACCGGUGGCAAAGCCAGAGCUAAGGCAAAGACCCGUCCCCGUGCCGGGCUUCAGUUCCUCGGCCGUGUCCACAGGCUGCGCUACGGCAACUAUGCCGCGCGUGUUGGAGCGGUGCCCCGUCUAUCUGGGCGGCCGUGCUGGAGUUACCUGACCGCUGAGAUCCUGGAGUUGGCUGGAAACGCUGCCCGCGACAACAAGAAGACUCGUAUCAUCCCCCGUCACCUGCAGCUGGCUGUCCGCAACGACGAGGAGCUCAACCAACUGCUGGGCGGAGUGACCAUCGCUCGCAGUGGCGGGUGUGCUGCCCACAUCCAGCUGUUCUUUGCCAAGAGACCGAGAAGCCGCCAGUCCAAGUAA